AUGGUUGAUUAUGUUUCGUCUCUUGGGACUUAUUUAGGUCACGUUGAAGGAUUUAAUUUUCACGCCUUCCCUACUCUUCACCAACUUUCAUUGGUUUCUGAACAACAACUCAGGGACGCUGGUGGAGAAGAAUGGCUUCAUUCUCUUAGGAAAUUGGAUCUUCAAGAUGCUAUAUCUCAACUUUCCAAGUUACCUGGAGUGGGUCCUAAACUGUCUGCUUGCACAGCUCUCUACUCCCUUGAUCAACACUAUGCAAUUCCCGUUGAUGUUCAUGUCUGGCGGAUUGCCCAAAAGUAUCUCUUACCUGAGCUUGCAGGUUCCAAGUUGACGCUGAAGCUUUGCAAUCGUGUUGCAGAGGCAUUUGUAACAAAAUAUGGUAAAUAUGUCGGCUGGGCUCAGGCUGUUUUAUUUAUUGCUGGGUUGCCUUCACAAAAGGCCAUCCUACCCUUACAUUUGAGGGCUACCAAACAGCCGAAGCCCGCUAAGAUAGAAAAUCGUGAAGAAGAAUCUGAGUGA